AUGGUACAGUUGUCAGCUCUCGCUCUAAGCGCGGCGAUCGUUGUUAAUGGCGCGUACGCUAGUCCUGCCGAUGUCGUCGGGCUUAUCCCUCGGACAUGGCAGGGAAGCAGUAUGGCUGCAAGUGCUAUUUUGGCAUGCACGCUGGGUUACUACAGUGUCUAUGCGAUCAAGGUAACCAGAAAGCAGCACAUCAAGGCCGGUGUCGACUUCGAUCUGGACAAUAACCUUCGCCUGAUCAUCCGCAACACGGGUCACGACUUCAUCGGCCGUAGCACUGGCUAG